GGGUGGCGGCGCUGCUUCGGUGGCCCUUACAGGCCCGGUUGGCGGCGCUGCUGCCAGAUCUGCUGGUCUUCAGGAAGCCCCGAGGAUCGGAACCCGAGCUCGCUACGUCCCAGGGCGUCCUCCUCGGCGUCCACGUGACGGGUGAGGGCGAGGGGAGGCGCGUCGCACUCCCGGCCUGCUGGAGGGGCCGGCCGUUGGCCCUCAGCUGCCAGGGGCCGCGGCAGUUACGGACCUGGCCCCGGGGCGAGCUAAGGCGCGGUUUCAUUGCACUUUGCGCCGCCUCGGCCGGAAUCUGAGAGGAUCAUUUUCCGAGCAGGAGAACGCCUUUUCGGACGACCUGGCGUAGCCCUGGAAUUCACUUCAGCGAUGAUGAAAUAAAUGGAAACUUAGAAAGGAGAAAGGACUUGGCAGGCUUUAAACCCAAGUUUUUCCCCAAUCCCGAGCAUUUUCCAAUAAGCAUUCUGCUUCAUCCAAUGAUUUUAUUUGUUCAGUUAAUUCCUUCUUUGGGUCCAUAAAGUAGGUGCCCGCCAUUGUUCUCGUUGAGACCUAGCAGCUACUGUGAGAGUCGUUCGUUUAAGAAAUUCAUGGAGUUUUUGUGUCACGGAUAUGAAGAUGAGUGAUUCAGGGUUUACAGCAUUAAUGGACAGGUUCAGCCUGAGCUGCAAGUCAGAACAUGACAUGGACAAACUGGCCCACAUCUUCAGUUAUUACAUUAGUGACAUCGUGGAGCAUGUGCUCUGUUUUGGAGGGGAUAUCCUAAAUAUUACAGGGAAUGUGCUCCUGGCACUCUGGACAGUGGAACAGAAUCAACUGAGUGACAUCAUUACCCUGGUGGCAAAAUGCAGUCUGGAGAUACAGGAGAAAUUUGGUAUCUACCAUACCAGAGAAGGCCAGGACCUACAGCUAAAGAUAGGUCUGUCUGCAGGUCGGAUUUCCCAGAUUAUUGUUGGAGACAAGCAACGGCAGUACCUCUUGGUGAUUGGGCAGGAUGUAGACUGUGUCCAGUUAGCUCAGCGAUUGGCUCAGGCAAAUGAGAUUGUCUUGUCCUGGAACUGCUGGAAGCUCUGUGAGCAGUACAUGUUUGAAGUGGAAAUCAUGAGGGAGGAUGAAGCUGUGAAGUUAAGAGAUAUGCGGAUCAUUGACCCAUUUGAUUUUGAUGAGCAUUUUUACAAGUGCCUCGAUUACCUGCCACAUUACCGGACAAGUGCUGACAUUCUAAGAACUGCCCUGGAGUUGGGUCCAGACUCAGCACUUGAGCAAACCCUGAGGAAGCACAUAAUGAAAAACCUUUUGAAGAAGAUUGAUGAAGGCCAACCUAUGGAGUAUAUAUCCGAAUUACGUACUGUGACUAUGGUUUUGGUCAGCCUAGAGUUCCACAAGACAGCAUGGGUGUUGCAUUUGUGUCAUCUUAUCCAGGAGGCUGUCUUAUACAUCUCCACAGUGAUAGAAAAAGGGGGUGGCCAGCUGAGCCGGAUCUUUAUGUUUGAGACAGUAAGUACAAGGGAACUGGACAUAUCAGCAUUAAAGGGCUGCAUGUUCCUCUGUGUUUUUGGCCUUCCUGGGGAUAAGAAGCCAGAUGAGUGUGCACAUGCCCUGGAAAGCUCCUUCAGCAUCUUCAGCUUCUGCUGGGAGAAUCUUGCUGAGACCAAGCUUGUUUCCAUCAGUAUUGCCAAUGGACCUGUAUUCUGUGGCAUGGUUGGGGCAGUAGCAAGACACGAAUAUACAGUUAUUGGCCCAAAAGUAAGCCUUGUGACAAAAAUGAUAACUGCUUAUCCAGGUUUGGUGUCCUGUGAUGAGGUAACAUAUCUAAGAUCUAUGCUACCUGCUUAUAACUUCAAGAAACUCCCAGAGAAAAUGAUGAAAAACAUCUCCAACCCAGGGAAGAUGUAUGAAUACCUUGGCCAUAGAAGAUGUAUAAUGUUUGGAAUGAGACAUUUGGCCAGAAAGAGAAGUAAAAAUCACUGUUUGCUAGACAGGGAGAAAGAACUGGAAGCCUUCCGAGUGGCACAACAGGGAUGUUUGCACCAGAAGAAGGGACAAGCAAUUCUGUAUGAAGGUGGGAAAGGCUAUGGAAAAAGUCAGCUGUUGGCUGAAAUAAACUUCCUGGCCCAGAAAGAAGGGCACAGGGUGUUGCCAUUGAAGCUGAAGGAAGCAGAUUCCAGGCAGUACUUCUAUGCCAUCCAGACCCUCAUGGCCAUCUUCUUUGAGAUUGAUACAUGCCCAGCUCUUGCCCGGCAAGAGCGCCUCCACGAACAGCUCCGUGGGAUGGUGGAGGAACCACUUCACUGCCUUUUUAAUGACCUCUUCUUUGUGAAGUUUCCCUUAUCCUUCCAAGUUUCGCACAUGGAUGACCUGGCCAGACAAAAGAAGGUUAAAGCAUGUUUCUUUCAAGUGCUUCAGAAGGCAAUGAGGGAAGCACCACUGAUUUUCCUCAUUGACGAGGCCCAGUAUAUGGAUGCAGCUUCCUGGAAGUUUUUGGGAAUGUUGCUCUCCAGUGUGCCCGUCAUCAUGGUGAUGACAUUUACCCCUACCUUCACCCUGUGUGGCUGGGCCCAGCACUUCCUGCAGAGCCCUCAGGCUAUCCUUGUGCCCGUUUCGAAGCUGGCAGCGACCUCACUGUUGAGAAUGGCAUGUUGGGAACUGGGGGUGGUGAGCAUCCCCCAAGAGCUGCAGAUCUACCUUCUCCACAGAUGCUUUGGAAACCCCCUUUACUGUGAGGUCUUAUGCCUGGACCUUCUCACUAAGAACAUAUUGCUCUUUCAUGACCUUCAAAAGGAGGAGGAGGAGAACAGCAAGUGGGAGACCCUCUCAGAAAUAGCAGUGAACCAACUGGAUCAACUGAGCCCAGAGGAACAGUUGCUGGUUAAGUGUGCUGCAGUCAUUGGUCACUCCUUCCACAUAGAUCUGCUGGAGCACCUCCUGCCUGGCUGGGGUAAAAAUAAGCUACUUCAGGUGCUGAGGGCUCUUGUGGAUAUACAUGUGCUCCGCUGGUGCAACAAGAGCCAAGAGCUUCCUGCUGAGCCAAUAUUAGUGCCUUCCUCUAUUGAGAUUAUUGAACAAACCAAAGAGAAGAGAAAGUCAGAUGCUGGCUGUCCUCUCAGGCUACAAGAGGAACUAUCCCUACCUCAAACUGAGGUGCUAGAAUUUGGAGUGCCUCUGUUGCGGGAAGCAGCUUGGGAGCUGUGGCCCAAGGCACAACAGACAGCCCUACACCUUGAAUGUGCUUGCUUUCUUCGAGAUUUGGCCUGCCGCUGUGGGAGCUGUCACGGGGGGGAUUUUAUCCCCUUCCACCGUUUUGCCGUCUGUUCUACUAAGAGCUCCAGUGGGACCUCCCGAUUCUGUAGCUAUAAAGAUACUGGUUCAAUACUAACACAAGUGAUCACAGACAAAUUGCAGCUGCCUUCCCCCCAAGACUGUUUUCAGUUCCAGACAAAAUCACCCAGAAGUCAGGAGGCCUUCACAAGGGAGCACUGCAGAGCAGAGGAGGAGUUCCUGGAUCAAGUAAACAGGAAACUGGCUCAGACCAGCCCUGAGAAAGACAUGUUGACCAUGAAACCCUGCCACUGUAAGGAAGUCCUGAAGUUAGUGCUUUCGCCCCUCACCCAGCACUGCCUGUUCAUCGGAGAAACCACUUGUGCAUUUUAUUACUUGCUGGAGGCUGCCGCUGCCUCCUUGGACCUGUCAGAUAAUUACAUGGCCUUCUUUUAUUUGAGGAAGGCAAGCCGUCUUCUGGGCCAACCCUCAGCAUUCUCGUUUUUAAAAAAGCACAAGGUGAAGAUCUGUCAUUUUGAGGAGGCCACUUUCUGCCGUCUUCAGUCAGAGGUCUGUUUCAACAUGGGGCAGACCACCUUGGCCAAAAAAUUGGCUAGGCAAGCCCUUCGUCUGCUAAAAAGGAGUUUCCCUUGGACCUGGUUUGGUGUUAUUUUCCAAACAUUCCUAGAAAAAUGCUGGCGUUCCUGUUCACUGAGCCAACCUCCAGACAACCCAAGUGAGAAUAAAAAGAAGCUGGCAGUCCUGCAGCAGCAGGUGCACUGCCUCUCCCUGCUCUGGCAGCUCUACAACCUGGAGGCCACAGCCAGCAGCCGCAAGUUUGCCUGCCUGGCCACUCUUAUGCAGGAGAAUUCAGCCAAGGAGUUUGCCAGUGAAGCCCAGGUUGUCUCUACCUACGUGGCCCUCUCCCAGUUCUCCCAGAACACGGGUGACAAGAAGAAGUGGCUGUAUUGUGAGCAGAUGGCCAUUCAGAGAAGCAGCCUAUGUUGGUUCUCCAGGGAGGGAUUGUUGGCCACAGCCCAGCUCAUACAGGCCUUGGCUUACACCAAGCUCUGCCUCGGCCAUCUUGACUUCUCCAUCAAGCUGGGUUUCCAAGCUUAUGAGAUAUGCAGACACCUCAAGAAACCAGCUCUGGAGAUUCUGGUUCUCUCAGUUCUCUUCAGAUCUGCAUUUCUGAAGGAGAAAUUUGAUCUGUGUGUCCAUGUGCUGGAGAGUCAGUGGGCACUCAUUUCCCAGGGUCAUGAUGUCCUUGGCCUGGCCUGCUUCUAUUCUGCUUGCUUAGAUCUGCUGCUCUACGGAAAAGGAUGGCUGUGUCGGCCCUUUGGAGAAUGUCUGCAUUUCAUUCAACAAUAUGAGCACAGCUGCAUUCUAAAUUCUCAGAGCAAUGUCAUGCUGGGGGUCCACUCCUCUCUAGCCAUGUGGUUUGCCCAGGACUUGCAGUGGAAUCUCUUUGAGCACCACUUCUCCAAGGCUCGCCAAUUGGUGAAAAGAACCAAUGCCUCACUGUUUGGUUCACAUGGCUUUGUCCGAUUCCUAGAGUGCCAUUUGGUAAUGUUACAGAAAAUGCCAGAGGGUAUCUUCAUGCAUACUCCCUCAGAGACUCACCACCAAACCCUCAAGUACUUUAAGGAGUUCUUCUCUCGAUGUGUGACCUGCCCUGUCUAUCACCGAUGGGUCUCUGAGCUUAAAGCCUCUGUAAUGAGAUAUGGAAAGAGAGAGUCCAUGUCCUUGACCAACCUCACCAGACCUUUUGACUCCUGCUUGACCAAGAUUUGGAUAAAGGGAGAAUUCCUGGAGGAAAAUAACUCCUUUGAAGGAAAUUUAGAAAUACAGAGAAUUGUCAGGGCGGCUGAUGUCAAGGAGAAUAAAGGUGAUGAAGAAAUUCAAGAAUGUGUAUGUUAACCAGCCACCUUUAUCACAUGUAACACAAAGAUAUGCCCCCAAGUCUCCUUUUUAAGAUACUGUAUAGUAUACAUAUUAAAUAUGCUAGACUUUUACGGUUACCGCUGUCUGUAUCUUGGUCAAAAUAAAAGCCUAUGUUUA